AUGACCAAGUGCUUCCCUCUGCUCCUCGUUCUUGCGCUCCUCGUGUCUGCCGGCGCCAACGCUCUUUCGGCCUCAAAACCAAAGGAUCCGACUGACUCGACGACGCUGACGACGGUACAAGGUAAACCGGAAGGCGAAACCGUUGGCGUCAACGACGAAGAAAGACAGAUACCUGGAGUGGGCGAAGCGAUAGGGGCUUCUACGCAGAGUUUUCUGCGAAGAGCGAGGGAUCUGGUUCGUUACGUGCCAGCUGACGUGGCUGCGAAAACGGCCAAAGGGAUCAGGGCUGCGCGUGACGAGCUGGAUAAUGGGGUGACAAAGGUCAAGCUUACCGUGGCAGAACAGAAGGCAGCCGAAAAGGACAUGAAGCUGAAACUUGCUACAUGGGAAGCAGCGAAGGCCAAGGAGUCCGUGCAGCGUCUGAAGGAGAAGAAAGAGGCGGUGAAGAAGGUGAGGGAGGAGAAGGAGAAGUUGCGCAAUGCAAAAAGAUUCAAGGAGGAAGCGAGGCGCAAGGACGAGGCAGCGGCAUUGGCAUUCGAACGGAAAGUCGACGAUACCAUCAGGAUAUUUCGGGAUGCCGGAAACGAUGACAACAAACUCCUAGAGAGGUUACUCCGUGCGGACAUUACGCCGGAACAAUACGCCGCCGCGCAAAUAAAGGCGGUUGAGCGUACGACCAACGCCAGACACAAUGCGAACCGGAUCAGUCCCGACUUGUUCGCAGAAAAGUAUAGCAUAUACAAGAGCCUUUUCGUCAAAGGCAACCGUGAAGCUACUGGUCACACGGUGGAAAAACCGGCUGAGAAAGUUGUGCCUUGA